CCGGUGCGUGACCGUGCUGUGCUGCCGGUUCUGCCGGCAGGUGCUGAGCUGGCGGGGGAUGCAGGCGGUGCUGCUGGCCGACACCGACACCGACCUCUACUCCACCGACAUGCCGCCCUCGGGAACCGUGGAUUUCAUCGGGAGCUGCUACUUCACUGAGAUCUGCCAGUGCAAAGUGAGGAACAUCGCCUGCUUGAAGUGUGGGAAUGUUGUUGGCUACCACGUCAUCUGUCCCUGCAAGCCCUGCCUGCAGUCCUGCAACAACGGCCACCUCUGGAUGUUCCACAGCCAGGCCGUGGUUGGCAUCAACAGGCUGGACCCUUCUGGUGUGAAUGUUUUGCUGUGGGGCAACCUGCCAGCUCUGGAGGAAAGCACAGAGGGAGACACGUCCUGCCCCUCCGAGGAGGAGUUCAUCAGAUAA